GUUGCGAAAUGAUCGACCUCGGCGAUUCCGAUUCCGACGUCGUCACCGGCGACACUACCGACGAUUCGAGUGACGACGACGUCAAACCUGAGAUAGUCUUGCCGCUAGGGUUUCUCGAUCCAUUAACGCCAGAAGAACGUGCGUUAAUGAAUAAAAAAGUCUCGGAUCCUGUUCACUCGAGUUUGAGGGUUACGAACGAGGUUUCGAACGUUGGAGAAACUGUCGGAGAGUCGAAUGAUGUGGCGGUUAAUGAGUUCAAGCAGUUCUGGAACGCGGGAGGGUACGAGGCUAAAGGUGAUCGUGCGGCGGUUGAGACCGAGCCGUGCAAUAUGGAUCGGCUUAGGGUGAAUCCGCAGUUUCUUCAUUCGAAUGCGACGAGUCAUAAGUGGGCGCUGGGCGCGUUCGCGGAGCUUCUGGACAAUGCGUUGGAUGAGGUAUGUAACGGAGCAAGUUAUGUUCACCUUGAUGUCAUUAAGAGUAAGAGAGAUCAUAGUAAGAUGUUGUUAGUUGAAGAUAAUGGAGGCGGAAUGAGUCCUGAUAUGUUGCGACAGUGUAUGUCGCUUGGAUAUUCUUCGAAGAGUGGUCAGGAUAAUACUAUUGGAUUGUAUGGGAAUGGCUUCAAGACGAGUACUAUGAGGCUUGGGGCGGAUGUUAUUGUGUUUUCGAGGAGUCGUGGGAGGGACGGAGGGAGUAGUACUCAGAGUGUAGGGAUGUUGUCUAGUACGUUUUUGAAGAGGACUAAUAAGGAUGAGAUUGUGGUUCCGAUGAUUGAUUAUAAGAAAGGGGGGAGUUCUUGGGAUAUGAUUGUACGUUCUUCGCGUGAUGAUUGGAGGCAGAAUUUGGAUACAUUGUUGGUAUGGUCACCGUUUAGUAGUGAGGCGGAGUUGUUUAAGGAGUUUGAUUUGAUUAAAGAUCAAGGGACGCGUAUUGUGAUUUAUAAUCUGUGGCAGGAUGAUCAGGGGGACCUUGAGCUUGAUUUUGAUACGGAUAAGUAUGAUAUUCAGAUUAAAGGGGCGAAUAGAGAUGAGAAGAAGAUAGAGAUGGCUAACACGUAUCCAAAUUCUAGGCACUUCUUGACGUACUCACAUUCUUUGAGGAGUUAUGCAGCUAUAUUGUAUUUGAGAGUUCCACCUGGUUUUCGGAUUAUUCUUCGUGGGAGAGAUGUUGAGCAUCAUAAUUUAGUGAACGAUAUGAUGUACAAACAGGAGCAUGUGUACAGACCUGUUCGGGUUUCUGAUGAUUCGGUGAAGGGUCAGUCUCAGGCGUUUGCUAGUGUCAUAAUUGGAUUUGUGAAGGAUGCUAAAGCUCAUAUUGAUGUUCAAGGGUUCUGUGUUUAUCACAAGAACCGGCUUAUUAGGCCGUUUUGGAGGGUCUGGAAUGCUGCUGGAAGUGGUGGCCGUGGCAUUAUAGGUGUAAUUGAAGCUGAUUUUGUUAAACCUGCUCAUGAUAAGCAGGGCUUUGAGCACACAAGUGUGCUAAUUAGGCUUGAGUCACGGAUUCGUGAGAUUCAGAAGAAGUACUGGGGAGACAACUGUCAUCAAAUUGGCUAUGUUAAAGGACCAUUCUCUGGUAAACAAAGAGGAAGGCCGGCUUCAGACAGUGGCAAUAAUCAAGCUUCAGACAGCGGUGAGGAAAACUGUCAUCAAAUUGGCCAUGCUAAAGGAUCAAUCUAUGGUAAAAGAAGAGGACCGGAUCUAAAUACUCCAGCUUCAGACAGUGGGGAGGAUGAUAAUUCUGUACAACCAACCACGAAGAAAAUGAAGAGUGUGUCUAAUGAGUUAAAAGACGACAGGCAAAACGCGCCUGAGCCAUCACUAAAGAGAAGGGAUCAUAAGCAAGCAGCGGUGCCAGUUACUACAGUUAUCCAUUCGCAACAUCCUACCAAUGCAGGAUCGAAUGAAAUAGAGAAGUUGAAGAAAGAAAAUGUUGAACUAAGGGAGAAACUAAAGAAGAUUGAGGGAGUGAAUGUAGCUAGUCUGAAGCGUGAGUUGCAGUACGAGAAGGACAGGAACAAUGCAAUGGAAACGAAGUUAAAGCAGGCAGAAGAGAAGAUAGAAGAAUUCGACAAAGAACAAGAGACUCUGAUUGAUAUCUUCUCAGAGGAGAGAUCUCGGCGAGAUGAAGAGGAGGACAAGUUGAGGAGGAGGCUCAAGGAGGCUUCUAAGACAAUUGAAGACUUGGAGAAGAAGUUGAAACAGCUUGAGAACAGACCCCCUGUUGUUAGUUGCAAAAUUGAACGCUGAAGUGCUUCCAGAACAAUUUGAUAGUCACUUUGACAUGUCUUCAAAAAUAUUAUUUCCUACGUUUUUUUUUGUUAAAUGUCAUCGAAAAUUAUAGACGUAGACGAGAAAGAUUACAGCUUAGAGUUUUGUUAUUUGAUUUACAAGUUGUAGUAUUUUACUAGUUGAAAUUUUG